AUGAUUCUUUUUAAAUCUACAAUCUUUCGAAAAAAUAUUUCGCAGAAAACACGGCUAAAAAUUAAUAAUAUACGACGCGCGAAAAUACAUUAUCCAAAACCACUUCCAUAUGAAUAUCAAGAUGGUUUGCCACCACUUUUUACACAGAAGGCAUUACACGUUAUAUACAACGAGUAUCACCUUAAUUUGAUUCGAAAAUUGAAUGAGCUCGCAGGGGCAGAAUUUGAAGAAUCAUCGGUGAUCGAUAUAAUUGAAAAAACCGCACAAGUCCCUUCGCAAGCUGUACUCUUUAAUUACGCGUCACAGACCUUUAAUAAUGAUUUUUUUUUACAAACCUUAGUCA